GCUGGAGUAUACAUCACUGCCUUCCACCCAGUGGGUGGCGGUUCUGCAGGCUGCGUCAUCGCCAACCGGCUCUCGGAGGACCCUGAUGUCACGGUACUGUUGCUGGAAGCGGGAGGGCUUGAAACAGCGUCGCGACAGGUCCCUUUCGCCGCGCCCAUGAAUCUCAGGGGAGACGACGACUGGGAAGACUGGAGCGUAACACAGAAGAACGCCGCCCUUUCCUUCCAUGAACAGGUGGGUGCUCGUCGACUGCCCGUCUCACGCGGCAAGGCGCUAGGCGGCAGCAGCGUACUCAACUUCAUGCUGUACACGAGGGGAAACCCGAGAGACUACGAUCGCUGGGCCCGAGAGUACGGAGCCAAAGGGUGGGCCUACGAGGACGUGCUUCCGCACGUCAGAGAGAUCGAGUACUACCGCGUGGGAGCACCGGAUGAAUACCAUGGCACCAGCGGCGAGGUACCGGUGGACUACGCUAACACCACCACACGGCUCACCGAACUUCUGGAGGCAUGCCGCCAGUCCGGUUAUCCCCAGGUGGACUACAAUGGCCAUUCACAGCCAGGUUGCUCUCAACUGCAGACCAACAUCGCUAACGGUGAACGCAUUAGUGCUAGCAAGGCCUUCAUCCAGCCCAUCGUAGGCACGCGUGAGAACCUGCACGUGGCACUCCUCAGCCACGUCACAAAGGUGAACUUCGAGGGAACCCGCGCCGUGGGGGCGUCAUUUACUAGAUUUGGGCGACCGGGGACCGUGUCGGCAAAGCGAGAAGUGAUUCUCUCAGCAGGCACCGUGGGAUCCACUCAACACCUGCUGCUCUCCGGACUGGGACCCAAGGAGGAGCUGAAGCAAGGUAGCCACCACGUCGAUUUCCCCGGCCCGCGAAACGCUGAAGACAACAAUGACGCAAUGAGGCCUGCUGCCAGAGCGUUGUAUAUAUAUCCGCGCGUCUCAUUCUCUCGCACUGCUCUUUAUUUGCAGGUUUUUGAUAGCUACAUUGGGCCCGUCAACGGGCAACCCGGCUUUCAAGCAGUAACAAUCCUCAACCGACCACGAUCCCGGGGAUCCAUUACGCUUCGUUCCACAGAUCCCUACGAGCACCCAAACAUCGACCCACGCAUUUUGGAGCACCCGGACGAUGCCAGGGCGGCCGCUCAAGGCAUCGAGUGCCUGUUCCGGCACACCGCACUGCCCAUCUGGCACCUGUGCUGCACCGUGGCCAUGGGCUCGCACUCCGAGGCAGUCCUGGACGAACGCCUACGCGUCCGAGGCAACGUGACGGGCUUGCGAGUGGCCGACGCCUCAGUAAUGCCCGACAUCGUAAGCGGCCACACAAACGCGCCAAGCAUGAUGAUCGGCAGCAAGACCGCUGACAUGAUCAUCGAGGACAACGAAGAACGCCAUUCUAAGAAGCGGCGCAGGACGACGGGAAGACAUUGACGUUCUUCUACAACCUUCCUUGAUAGUAGCUUUUCACCCCUCCAUCUCGACGGUACGAAUAUAAUGUGACAGAAAGUAACAAAUUUGGUUCUGUGGUAUUUGCUUCUCUGUGUGUGUCCUUGUUUCAGUCGCACUGUUUGGGCAUAGUUCUAAAGUGACAGACAGGUCACUCAUGCCCGAACGUAAUGAACCCUCUAUUUUCAAAGUCAAUGGUAUUUUUGACACCUGUCAAUUGA